AAUCUUUCACCGGGAUCAGUGCCUAGCCUCUUAUACUCUGCUUCCUUUUCGCUGAGAAGUUAUUUGUUUGUAGCUAAUAAGCGUGGUCAUUGCUGUUUAUUUCCACAUUGUCUCAUUUGAUGAAUGUUAUACAUGGUGGUUACCCGUGUAGCGAAAUCGCGUGGAAUUGGAUCAGCAUCAUUGUUAUGAUUUAGUAGCACAUCUAGAAGCAGAAAUUCGCGAUGGGCGACCAUUACGGCUUCUCCUUGACUACUUUCAGUCCGUCCGGGAAACUCAUGCAGAUUGAGUACGCUUUGAACGCUGUAAAAAACGGGCAGCCCUCUGUAGGAUUGCGAGCUAAGGAUGGUGUAGUACUAUCAACCGAAAAUAUUGCAUCUGUGCUUUUCGAGGAUCAGCCGAAAAUAGAGAAAAUUAGCCAACAUAUUGGAUGUGUUUACAGUGGAAUGGGCCCUGACUUCCGCAUCCUCGUUAAGCGAGCUAGAAAAAUCGCCAUGGAGUAUGAGCUCAUGUACGGCGAAGAGAUUCCUACCACUCAGCUUGUUACUCAAAUCGCAGCUGUUAUGCAGGAAUACACUCAGUCAGGAGGAGUGCGUCCAUUUGGUGUCUCACUAUUGGUAGCUGGUUGGGAUGUAAAUCCUGGUCGACCACUUCUAUUCCAAAGUGAUCCAUCGGGAGCAUACUUUGCCUGGAAGGCUACUGCACUGGGAAAAAAUGAUGUCAACGCCAAAACAUUCCUUGAAAAACGGUAUAGCGAAGCUCUUGAGUUGGAUGAUGGCAUCCAUACUGCUCUGCUGACCCUGCGGGAAUCAUUUGACGUUGGAAUGACUGAAGACAAUGUAGAGGUGGCGAUUUGCAACGCUAAAGGAUUCCAACGUCUUACAAAGCAACAAGUGAAGGAUCAUCUUGGAGCCCUUUGA